CAGUGUUUUUUCCGAAUGUCCCUGUGUGAGUUAAUGGCUCCUCCUGCUAGAUACGGAGCUGGUAGCGAGCAGUCCGAAAAACACUAACUACACCCGGGUAGAUAGAUAGCGCGCUGGGUGGUUUGAGAGAGAGGCUCACCGGGUUGUAGUCGAGGCCUGGUGUUAAAGCGUGAAGCGGAUGGUCGAGGAAAGCGUUCUGUAUUUUAACAACAGACUCUCCAAAAAAUGAACUCCGUCAGAGCCACCAACCGGAGACCCAGGCGAGUCUCAAGGCCGCGCCCGGUGCAGCCCGACCGGAACGAGGGGGACCGAGCAGAUGAGGAGGCUCCAGCUGCAGCAGCGGAGGUGGCUGUGGAGGAGUCUGGGCCUGCAGCUGGGAACAGCCCCUACCAGCUCCGACGCAAGUCUCUACUGCCCAAGAGAACAGCUUCCAGUACUGCAGCGGCCUGCCCCAACAAGACCGCUAUGGAGGGAGCGUCCACCUCGACGACAGAACCCUUCGGUCCCCGAGCCAAACGAGCCAGGGUCUCUGGCAGGAGCCACGACCUGCCAGCGGCUCUAGCAGAGCAGUACCUGCAGCAGAAGCUUCCAGAUGAGGUGGUUCUGAAGAUUUUCUCAUAUCUCCUGGAGCAGGACCUCUGUCAGACUGCCUGCGUCUGCAAACGCUUCAGCGAGCUAGCCAACGACCCUAUACUCUGGAAGCGUCUGUACAUGGAGGUGUUUGAGUACACCCGUCCCAUGAUGCACCCCGAGCCAGGAAAGUUCUACCAGGUCAGCCCUGAGGAACACGACCACCCAAACCCCUGGAAGGACAGCUUCCAACAACUGUAUAAAGGAGCCCAUGUGAAGCCAGGCUUUGCUGAACAUUUCUACAGCAACCCUGGGAGGUUUAAAGGCAGGGAGAAUAUGCUGUACUAUGACACCAUAGAAGAUGCGUUAGGAGGGGUGCAGGAGAGUCAUUUUGAUGGGCUGAUCUUCGUCCACUCUGGGAUCUACACUGACGAGUGGAUCUACAUAGAGUCCCCUAUCACCAUGAUUGGAGCAGCUCCUGGUAAGGUGUCUGAUAAAGUGGUUAUUGAGAACACCAGAGACUCGACGUUUGUCUUCAUGGAGGGAUCGGAGGACGCCUACGUAGGAUACAUGACCAUUAGGUUUAACCCAGAUGAUAAGUCGGCUCAGCACCACAACGCCCACCACUGUCUGGAGAUCACUGUCAACUGUUCUCCUAACAUAGACCACUGUAUCAUCAGAUCUACCUGCACAGUGGGCUCGGCUGUGUGUGUGAGCGGCCAGGGGGCGUGUCCUACCAUCAAACACUGCAACAUCAGCGACUGUGAGAACGUUGGACUUUACAUCACCGACCAUGCACAGGGUAUCUAUGAGGAUAAUGAGAUCAGUAAUAAUGCAUUGGCGGGAAUCUGGGUAAAAAACCACGGCAACCCCAUCAUCAGACGAAACCACAUCCACCACGGCCGAGAUGUAGGAGUCUUCACCUUCGACCACGGCAUGGGUUAUUUUGAGAGUUGUAACAUCCACAGGAAUCGUAUAGCAGGCUUUGAGGUGAAGGCGUAUGCUAACCCUACAGUGGUUCGCUGUGAGAUCCACCAUGGCCAGACAGGGGGCAUCUAUGUGCAUGAGAAAGGAAGAGGACAGUUUAUAGAAAACAAGAUCUACGCCAACAACUUCGCUGGAGUCUGGAUCACCUCCAACAGCGACCCUACGAUACGGGGCAAUGCAAUCUUUAAUGGUAACCAAGGGGGCGUGUACAUAUUUGGCGAUGGGCGUGGCCUGAUCGAGGGGAACGAUAUCCAUGGCAACGCUCUGGCAGGAAUCCAAAUCAGAACCAACAGCUGCCCAAUUGUACGCCAUAACAAGAUCCACGACGGACAGCACGGCGGCAUCUACGUGCAUGAGAAGGGCCAGGGUGUGAUCGAGGAGAACGAGGUGUACAGCAACACGCUGGCAGGAGUCUGGGUGACAACCGGCAGCACACCUGUCCUCCGCAGGAACCGCAUCCACAGCGGCAAACAGGUUGGUGUGUAUUUCUAUGACAACGGCCAUGGGGUGUUGGAAGACAACGACAUCUACAAUCACAUGUACUCCGGCGUUCAAAUACGGACGGGCAGCAACCCCAAGAUCCGCCGCAACAAGAUCUGGGGAGGACAGAACGGAGGCAUCCUGGUCUACAACUCCGGUCUGGGUUUCAUCGAGGACAAUGAGAUCUUCGACAACGCCAUGGCGGGCGUGUGGAUUAAGACGGACAGCAACCCCACGCUGCGGCGCAACAAGAUCCACGACGGGAGAGACGGAGGCAUCUGUAUCUUCAACGGAGGGAGAGGUCUCCUGGAGGAGAAUGAUAUCUUCAGGAACGCCCAGGCAGGGGUCCUCAUCAGCACCAACAGCCACCCGGUGCUCCGCAAGAACCGCAUCUUUGACGGUUUUGCUGCAGGUAUCGAGAUAACCAACCACGCCACUGCAACUCUGGAGGGGAACCAGAUCUUCAACAACCGUUUCGGAGGCCUGUUCCUCGCCUCGGGGGUGAACGUCACCAUGAAAGAUAAUAAGAUAAUGAAUAACCAGGAUGCCAUAGAGAAAGCUGUGAGCAGAGGACAAUGUCUCUACAAGAUCUCCAGCUACACCUCCUACCCCAUGCAUGACUUUUACAGGUGUCACACCUGCAAUACGACAGACCGGAACGCCAUCUGUGUAAACUGCAUCAAGAAGUGUCACCAAGGACACGACGUGGAGUUUAUACGGCACGAUAGGUUUUUCUGUGACUGUGGAGCGGGAACUCUGUCCAACCCCUGUACUCUGGCUGGAGAACCCACACACGACACGGACACACUUUACGACUCAGCCCCGCCCAUAGAGUCCAAUACACUGCAACACAACUGAACACACACACACAUCACAUGUACACACACACACUACAUAAACACACACCCUAUAAUCUACAUACACACACUACAUAACACACAUUCAUAACACACUCAUAUAUAUAUAUAUGCACACACAGACAUAUACACCACUCACACACGCUGGCCAUAGGGAGCCAGAGAGACUGAAUACGGUGUUCUCAGCAGGGACUGGCAUAGAGGAACCCUGAGAUUCAGAGACUGAAUACGGUGUUCUCAGCAGGGACUGGCAUAGAGGAACCCUGAGAUUCAGAGACUGAAUACGGUGUUCUCAGCAGGGACUGGCAUAGAGGAACCCUGAGAUUCAGAGACUGAAUACGGUGUUCUCAGCAGGGACUGGCAUAGAGGAACCCUGAGAUUCAGAGACUGAAUACGGUGUUCUCAGCAGGGACUGGCAUAGAGGAACCCUGAGAUUCAGAGACUGAAUACGGUGUUCUCAGCAGGGACUGGCAUUGAGGAACCCUGAGAUUCAGAGAGAGACCGAGACAGUGAUGCACUUGGGAGUCUCUUCUAAAGGGAACUAUGAAGCUGGUCUGAAUUUGACUGGUCUGGUCUGGAUUAGCCUCUGGUCUACGGUGAUGAGAAACUGACUCGUACUGAACGGCCACAUGAGAUUCUCACCAUUGCAUCUCUGGACGCCAAAUGGCCAGGUAGAGGAUGGAGAGUGAGUGUGGAGAGGGUAGGGAAGUGGCUACUCUGAUAAUGUCGGAGUGGCCAAUGAGACUUCCUUUGCCUGUGACCUCUCGGCGACUCUCCAGGAUCCUGGGAAUCGAACUUCCUCCCAAGACAGGAAGAAAGGAGAUUUAGCCCCACCCACUGAGAAAACGCUUCCUGUUCAGAGGCAUCUGUUACUAGGCAGUGGAUGGCUGAUAUAUACAUACGUACUGCUAACGGAAGAGAGGGACUUUGAUCAAGUACCUCUGCUUUUAUAAUAUGUUAUUCUGAUCAACAGAUAUUAUUUUAAUGCUUUCUCAUGUAGUUUUGUAUUUACAAGCAAAAAAUCUUACUGUAUUUGAAUGUCUUUUUAUUAUUAUAUAUUAUAAUUCUAAAUGUUUGUUGUGUUGACCCCAGGCUUCCUGCAGUAGCUGUUCAUGUCCCAGUGGAUUUGUUCUUUCUGUGAAAGAGAAUCACGUUUAACACUAAAGACUCUCUCCAGGCUAGUAGAUGUAGGACUGGUGGAAGAUUGUGUGUGUGGUGUGUGUGUGUGUGUGUUGGAAGGGUGCAUGUGUAUGUUUGUGUUCAUAUGCAGUCCGUGUUUCUGGAGAGGGUCAGAUACGGGGCAUCAGGCCUUUUUCAAACUGGGACAGACGAGUCGUUCUGCAGUCCCCUUCCCCAUCUCUCCCUCUCAUAUUCUCUCCCCUCCUCGUUCCCCCGCCUCCCUCCCUACUUCCCCCUCUCUCUUCCUUACCCUGAUCUCUCCCCCCCUCCUUUUCUCUCUUUGUAUUCUGGUGACUGUGGCUCCUCAUACAGCCUGGAUCGUAUGCAUGUGUACCAUAACAUCAAGGUCGUGUGCCCCUGCUCAGACGCUGCGUGCCACGUCGGCGACUGUGCCGUCGGGAACCAGAUUGCUAUUACAUAUGUGCUUAAUUGAUGCGUAAAAUACCUUCCCAGGCAUAAGAUCUGGCACGCAUCAAUAACGUCUGACCAGGGGACACAACCCUAGACUUAAUAUAUUGUGAAGUAUUAAUACAACCAUUAUGUAGAUGCUAGUAUGAAUUCAAAAAAGGUUUAAUUUCCUAGGAAGAAAAAAAAUAAAUACGGGAAACUGGUCGUUUGUAAGAAAAUAAAACUUUAUUAGAUCAGCCGUG